CCAGGAAUGUUUACCCAAACACAGAUAACUGUCAGAGGAUCCUGAGGUUCAUGCUGCUAUCUUCCAAGGGCCAUUUUUCCCUUCAGUAGUCACUAACAAACCAGGAGAACGUUGUAAUGGUCUUAUAUUUUACAUACGGGUUGCUGUUUGCAUGCUUUGCUGUACCUGGAAUGUUACUUGGGGAAUUAGCUUUCCGAUGUCCAAGCUGCACAGCGGAGCAUUUGGCUGCAUGUCCCAAAGUCACUUCAGUAUGUGCAGAGAUAGUGAGGGAGCCGGGCUGUGGCUGCUGUCCAGUAUGUGCCAGGACGGAGGGGGAGCUCUGCGGCGUCUACACACCGAGGUGCUCCAGCGGCCUCAGGUGCUACCCCAGCAUGGAUGCUGAAUUUCCUCUGCAGCAGCUCAUCCAGGGUUUAGGGCGAUGUGGACAAAAAGUAGACAUGGAUGUCCCAACUGGUGUGGACCAGCAGGCAACAAAUGAGGUGCAUGGAACCGAAAAUCCACUCACCAAGAGACCUGCCAUAGAUGUUUGGUUAAUUCAAAGCUGUGCCAUUAGAAACCACAACAAUGUGCUCAAAGCCAAGAUGAAGACAAAUGAACUCGAGGACCAACGAACCCAGAAAAUGCCUCAGAGCGCCUGUCAGCAGGAGCUGGACAAAGUCUUAGAGGAGAUCUCCAAAAUUACUUCAGAGGAUAACAGAGGCCCGCUGGAGAAUCUGUACGGGCUCAAAUUUCCAAACUGUGACAAACAUGGACUGUACAAUGUCAAACAGUGCAACAUGUCUACCCACGGCCAGCGGGGCGAGUGUUGGUGUGUUAACCCCUUAACAGGGGUCCAGAUACCAGCAACGCCUAAAGUCAGAGGGGAUCCCAACUGUAACCAGUUUCAAGAGGAGCUCAGAGCCAUGCCCACUGCAGCGGCGUUUCGCUAACACCUCUACAACCAUCACAACAGGAUUUCUAUGAAUUUCAGAUUACUGGAGGAUUUUUCCAUUAAAAGCUCUAUUCUAUCAAAAUUUAAACAAAUCCCUCUAUUUGAAGGCUUCAUCUGUGCUUUAAUUGACUCUAGGUUUGAGGUAAAGGAGAAACUAUACUAAGUAACAAUAAAGAUGCCAUGGUACUGAUUUUUUGUUAGCAAAUUCUAUGAAAGAAGCGAAAACAACUAUGCAUUAGUAUCUCCUGCUCCAUCGGUAAGAAUCAGAACCUAACCUAUAUACUCUGAAUAAAUAUGUACACUACCAUUCAAAAGUUUGGGGUCAUUUAGAAAUGUCCUUAUUUUUCAAAGAAAAUGAUUUUUUUUCAAUGACGAUAACAUUACACCAAUUAGAAAUGCAGUCUGGACAUUGUUAAUGUGGUAAAUGACUAUUCUAGCUGGAAACAGCUGGUUUUUAGUGGAAUAUCUACAUAUAGGUGCAGAUGCUCAUUUCCAGCAGCCAUCAUUCCUGUGUUCUAAUGCUACAUUGUGUUAGCUAAUGGUGUUGAAAGGCUAAUUGAUGAUUAGAAAACCCUUGUGCAAUUAUGUUAGCACAUGAAUAAAAGUGUGAGUUUUCAUGGAAAACAUGACAUGGUAUGGGUGACCCCAAACUUUUGAAAGGUACUGUAGAUUUUUUUUUUUGAUGGAUGUACAAAUAUAUAGUUUUAUUUCUUUGAAAAAGUAAAGUAAUGAGACAGUUGGGCAUUAUAGCUUUUAGUAAAUUGUAAUCUGACUAUAGUAGUGAAUUAUUUUUAGAUUAUUACACAUUGCGCAACAGCAUAGUUUAUGUAGUUAAUGUAUACGUCUUUAAUUGAUGACUCUUAAUUGAUACAGUAUAGAAUCUUUACUUAUUGUAGUGACAAGAUUUGUCCGUAGGAUUGACUCAUUGUGCUCUGUUAGUUAAAAGUUGUAUUAAUAGAUUUUUUUGCCACUUGGGGGCAGUAGCACAAAAUGUAAACACAAACAUAUUAUUGACAUGUUACUACACUAUGCCAAACAAUCAUCUAUCCCAGCAACAACACAGCAACAUUGGUUUUAAUUAGAGAGGUUCUGGAGCCCUUCAAAAAAAACUCCAAGCCCAGUAUUAACCCUCUUUAAUAACUGUCUCUUUAUCAGCUCCUGGUAAAAUUAUUGGGGGCUCUUUAGCUGAUGAGUAUAUCACCAUUUCCAUCAGCUAGUCUGCCAUUUGGUGCUGUUCAGCUUUUGUACAGAAGGUUAUCAGAACUAUUUGUCCAAAAAAACAGCGACCUGCUAUGCUUGGAAGUUAAUGAACACUGUAAAAACCAAUGGCUACAAGACCAAAACAUUAAGCUAAAAGACACAAAAAUGCUCCAUAGAGCUGAAGGGAACUGCAGAGAUGUGUGAUAAUUUUCUGUUGCUUUUCACUUUGAGCAACCACUUUCAUUUUACACAUACUAAUUUGAUCUGUGUGAUCAAAUUGAAGGCUAAAAAAAUCUUUUUUUAAUCUCUUUUAUCUACAUUUAUAUGCCUCAUGAGGGACAUAAUGAGUUGUAAUCUUGUUUUUUUGUUUAGGGUGACAAUAUGACAUUUGUCUUGGUGCUACCGAUGACAAACAGCCCUUGGCUUAGUCUACAUUUAUGUUUAUUAAAUAUACACUGUCAUUAUUACACAAACUAAGAAAUAAAGACAUUGUACAUUCUU